AUGAAGUGGCUAAUCGUGUUGCUUCUGGUGUCCGCGGCGUUUGCGGCAGGAGAGAAGAAACUCGACAAGCGGCCCGCCAAGAAGGCACACUCACAGAAGCCCACCAAGGCACCCAAGACGAUCCUGGAGGAGUUUACCGCGCUACCGCCGGCCGAUGUUGACUUCAUCAAGGAGCUGGACCGUCAGUUUGCCGAGCACGGCAACAAGAUCCGCAUCAAGGUGGAGCGCAGUAACGCGACGGACGGCAAGCACAUCAAGCGCACGAUUGAGGGUGAUCUGGGAUACGGUCACUACAGCAAUCAAGCCGAGGAGGGGUAUCAUUUUUCCAAGCCGAAAUACAUGAUCUACCCCUACUCACAGCACGAACUACAGCCGGCCCGGUCGACGCACAGCACCGCGGAGACGGUCACCGACAUCGAAAUCACGCCAUCGCACAGCUAUGAGCUGAAACCGAUCGAGGAAGUCUACCAGAUCUACCCGACCCAGCAGUACGAACAGCACCACCAGCAGCAUUACUACCACCAGCAGCAGCAGGGGCAACAUCAAGCCAAGCAGCUCUACCAGCAGGAGGACGCUCCGGUGAUUGUGCUCAAAAUUCCGGGCCCUUCCAAGUACGCAGCUCAUCUGCAGGCCCUGCUGCAACAGUAUCUGGAAAUUCGUGCCGCCCAACUGUACCGGGAACUGGAGGAGCACGAGUAUCAGCAACAGCAACAGCAUCAGCAGCAACAGCAUCAACAGCAGCAGCAACAUCACUAUGUCCAGGAAGAGCAUAAGCAGCAUAAGUAUCACCCCGGCACGAAGUACAGUCAACCGGACCCGGUCUACCCGACGGAGAUCGCGUACGUGCCAAUGAUCCGUACCAGUCACAACACGUUCGUGCCGCUGCCGGACCAGUAUUACGACGGCACUCCGAAGGUGCCAGCUCGGCCAACGAAGCACCCAAACUAUCGCAAGACCACGGUCACUCCAACGCAUAUCGCCUACCACAGUACGGCCCAACCGGAACCGGCCUACCAUUACCAGACGUACCACGGUGAUCAACAUCCCCAUCAGCAGGAGCCUUCGGGUCACGCACAUACCGGUCACGCCGUCUCGCAGAUUCAGUACCAAUACGUGGCCCAGCAACCGGCCAGCGGACCGGAGGAGGACCACGAAACGCAGUACGUCUACGAGAAGCCGGCGAUCAACUUCGUGACGCCCGUGCCGGAUGCCCAUCAGUCGCAUCCGGAUCCGUACCACGAGCAGCACCAGCCGCAGCAACCGCCCCGGAAGUACCCGAACUUCUCCCAGUACCACCAUCAUCACCGGCCGCAGCCGCAACAGGAGGAAGAGUACCUUCCGGAGCCGAAGCUCGUCGAGAACUACCCCAGCCACAAGCACACGCGCGUCGUGUACAAGAGUCCCUCGCUGAAGGCGGAACUCCAGCAGGAGGCCGCCAUGGAGCACCAAGCGGAACACGAACACUAUCACCACCAGCACGAGCAGCAACAGGAAGCAGCACAUUAUGACUACCACCAACACCAGCACCAGCCUCAGCACCAACAGCAACAGUACAUCCUGCAGGAGGUCUAUCCCUCGCAGGCUUCGUACUUCGAGGACAAAUCAUUCGUCGAGUCCGCCGGCCCGCAAGUGACGACGGAGGCCGCAGAGACGGCCUCACCGCACUACAACACCGAGCCGGUGGUAACGAUCACGCAGCGUCCGAAGCAGCGUUACAACUACCACGCACACAGCGCAGCAGGACAUCAUGGUGGCGGCGGCGGCGGCGGUGGACGUGGCUCCAGGAUGGCGUCCAUCACCGAAAGCCGCACUUCCCGGACGGGGUCCGGUGGCUCGCCGAAGCCCUCCAGCAAACGGGACGCGGCACCAACGGGCCCGGGGGCCAGCUCCGGGCACCCGUACACCGAGGAGCAGUUCCGCAAAGUCAACAAGAUGGUCCAGCGCAUGAAGAAGAAGAGCCGCACGACGGUGGACCCGGCCGACAUGGCGAUGACGAUGGUUACCGGUGGGUUGACCACUGGUCCCACCAGUCCGAGUCCUGCCGGCGCGGCGUAG